GUGUGAACGGGCUCAGACGUCGGCUCUGUUCGUCCCGUGUUAAAGAAAACAAAGAAGCACGGCUCGGGUUUGUUUCCGACCUCAACCAGCGGGAUAUUCAACGGGCACGUUGGCUCUCUAUUGUCCCCGGUGCUGAGUGUGUGAGUGAAGCACUGACAGGCGGCUUUUUCUUUUUCUGUGCGGCAUGUGAUACAGACAAGAGGCUGAGGCGUGUUCGUGUCUCACGGAUGUUACCGGGAAAAGAAGAAGAAGAAGAAGAAGGAGCUUCACUGGGUUUUCUGUCGACACUGGAUGUGAGUCUGUAUCUGGGCUUCAGCAGGACAUGACUGAGCAGAGCCGCUGCUGCUGCUGCUGGAUUUUAAGGGGCUCUUGUUUGCUAGCUGUUGAAUGGCAAACACCUCAAAGAAGAUGAACAACGAGCCCGGAGCUCAGUAGUUUCAUUUGGAUGCUGAGCGACUUCUCUCGUCCCAAACCCUUUUAAUUCCAGUCAAGUGGAGGCUAACGGGGGGUUGAAACACAGCGAAGCAGCGCAGGGAGGAUCGGUUCAGGCGCGGCCAGCCGAGCCAACAAUGCGGAUUACCUCCUGACUUGUUUGCCUUUUGUGUCAAUAGACUGUCCAUAUAAAGUUGAGAUAAGACUCGCAGGGACGAUAAGCCAGGCCUCUCCGCCCGAUUAUCAUUCCUACUAUUUUAUUGUCGUUCAAAGGGAGACAGCACGUCGACCUGAGGGACCACAUGUGCACACGGUGUCUGCUGUGAGAGUGGCCGGACUGAACACAGCAACAGGGACCACCAUGGCGAACGACUCUGUCCAAAGCGACCCAGGCGGGCUGUCUGUUCUGGAGCAGCUCGGUCUGGACCAGAACUCCGAUUUCUCAGACUCCAGCGUUCAGCAGCUUCUGGAUGAGCAACGCGAAAGAAUCCGCAGAGAGAUUCGCAAGGAGCUUAAGAUCAAGGAGGGAGCCGAGAACCUGCGCAGGGCGACGACGGACAAGAGGAACGCACAACAGGUGGACAGUCAGCUACGAUCCUCCAACCGCCGGCUGGACAAUCUGCACGCUCAGCUGCAGGAGCUGGAUGCUCACAUUGUGGUGAAGGGAGGAGAGGAGAAUAAAGAUGAGUGUCCUCAGUCUCCUGGGGCAGAGAGUCGUACGUCAGCCCACAAAGAACGCAUCGCAGCCCUGGAGAGACAGCUCAACAUCGAGCUCAAAGUCAAACAGGGAGUCGAGAAUAUGAUCCCCAUCUACGCCAAUGGAUCCACCAAGGAUAAGAAGAUGCUGCAGACGGCCCAGCAGAUGCUGCAGGACAGUAAGACCAAAAUCGACAUCAUCCGCAUGCAAAUCCGCAAAGCUGUCCAGGCCACCGAGCACAACGACGACACACAGGCAGGUAACCAAGACUUGUGCGGGGUGGAGCUGCGUAUUGAGGAGCUGAGGCACCACUACAGGGUGGAACACGCCGUUGCUGAAGGGGCCAAGAACGUCCUGAGGCUGCUGGGGGCCAGCAAGGUUCAGGACAAGAAGGCUCUGUCUGAGGCGCAGUCUCGUCUGAGCGAGGCGUCGCAGCGGUUGGACCUGCUGAGGGAUUCCCUGGACCAGCGUCUGGCGGAGCUGCCAGAGGACCAUCCCAAGGCCAGCGUCAUCAAAGAGGAGCUGGUCCUGGCCUCCUCACCUGCCUUCAGCUCCCGCCACGGCGCCCCCUACCUUCACAACCAGUACAGCACCCUCAACAAGCCCUCGCCUCUCACUGGUACCUUACAGGUGCAGCUGCUGGGCUGCGUUGGCUUGUUGGAGGCGGUCCCUGGUCGUAAUAAAGGAACGGCCGUCAUGCUGCCCUGCUACAGCCCCGGAGACACCAGGUCCUUCAUGAGAGGCAGCAAAGGACUCUACGGACGCAGCGGCUCUGUCAGCGGGAAGACGCCGAGCAAGACGGAAGAACUCUCCUCUGAGGUGAGUGCGGUGCUAAAGCUGGAUAACACAGUGGUUGGCCAGACAGCCUGGAGGACGGUGGGAGAACAAGCCUGGGACCAGACCUUCACCGUGGAGCUGGAGCGGUCGAGAGAGAUGGAGAUUGCUGUUUACUGGAAGGACUACCGCUCGCUGUGCGCUCUGAAGUACCUGAAGCUGGAGGAGUUCCUGGACAACCAGAAACACAGAGUUCAGCUGGAGCUGGAGCCUCAGGGCCUGCUGCUGGCCGAGGUGACCUUCUUCAACCCGGUCAUUGAGAGAGUCCCUCGUCUCCAGAGGCAGAAGAAAGUGUUUUCUAAGCAGCAAGGCAAGGCGUUCCUUCGAGCUCGACAGAUGAACGUGGAUAUCGGGACGUGGGUGAGGCUGCUGCGAAACGCCAUCCCCACCGUGAACAACUCGGGGACCUACAGCCCCCACGCACACAGCCUGACGCUCAACUCUGGGGAGAUCUCAGUGGAGAAGUUGAGUCUGGACAGCGACUCUCCCAUAAGAGGCGAUUACAAGAGAGACAUGGACACAAACACUCCGGACCGACUGCAAGUCAUCGAGCCUUUCUCCCCCCGAGACCUCACCCCCGAGUCCCCUGUCCGAACCCCAUCUGUCAGCAGCAAGCAGAAGAAAGGUCCUCUGUCCCUCCACGACUUCCGGCUGAUCGCUGUGUUGGGUAGGGGACACUUUGGGAAGGUGUUGCUGUCGGAGUACAAGAAGACGGGCACAAUGUACGCCAUCAAAGCCCUGAAGAAAGGAGAUAUCGUUGCUCGGGAUGAGGUGGAGAGUUUGAUGUGCGAGAAGCGCAUCUUUGAGAUCGUCAACAUGUCGCACCAUCCCUUCCUGGUCAACCUGUUCGCCUGUUUCCAGACACCCGAGCAUGUGUGUUUUGUCAUGGAGUACACAGCAGGAGGCGACCUGAUGAUGCACAUCCACACAGACGUCUUCACAGAGCCGCGAGCCGUGUUUUAUGCGGCCUGCGUGGUUCUUGGACUUCAGUUCCUCCAUGACCAUAAGAUUGUGUACAGAGACCUCAAGCUCGACAACCUGCUGCUAGACACAGAUGGUUAUGUGAAGAUCGCUGACUUUGGACUGUGUAAAGAAGGAAUGGGUUACGGAGAUCGAACCAGCACAUUCUGUGGGACUCCAGAGUUUUUAGCCCCAGAGGUCCUCACAGACACCUCCUACACCCGAGCGGUGGACUGGUGGGGACUGGGGGUCCUCAUCUAUGAAAUGUUGGUGGGAGAGUCUCCAUUCCCAGGGGACGAUGAAGAGGAGGUGUUUGACAGCAUUGUGAAUGAUGAAGUGCGCUACCCACGCUUCCUCUCCACCGAAGCUAUUGGCAUCAUGAGAAGGCUGUUGAGGAGGAACCCAGAGAGACGACUGGGUUCUGGUGAGAAGGAUGCAGAGGAGGUGAAGAAGCAGCCAUUUUUCAGAAAUGUGGACUGGGAGGCGCUGCUGCAAAGGAAGGUGCCCCCUCCCUUUGUCCCCUCCAUCGGCAGCAAGGAGGACGUCAGCAACUUCGACGAGGAGUUCACCACCGAACCUCCGACGCUCACGCCUCCACGAGAGCCCCGCGUUCUCUCCCGCAAAGACCAGGACAGCUUCCGGGACUUCGAUUACGUCUCUGACCUCUGCUAGUGGGCCGAAGCCCGCAGAUCUCGAUGGAAUGUUGGAUUUAACUUUUUUUUUUUGAAGGUUUCGCGACGGUUUUAGCCAGAGCGGACCGACAGCCUCUGCUGACCGUCAGCGCUCGUCUGCCGUAACUUACACUGUGAACGAAUGCAGAGGGACCGAAGACAGUCGGUCUGUGUUUUGUGUGUCUGCAGGGUUUUUAAAGAUCAUGAACUGAGGAGAAAAAAAGAAAAGCCGGGACAGAAAGUCGCUCAAUGUUCUAUCAGAUAAACAAAGGCCCCCCUCUCCAGUCAUUGUACAACACACCAGUGAGCCGUGUGUCCUGCAAACAUUCGUCUUUCCUCCCAUCCUCCCAUGUGUCAGUGCAGUCACCUGUGCAGCUGUGAGAGGAGGAGCUUGCUGUCUUUUUGUACUAUUGACUGCUUAGGGGUUGCUCAGUGGCCUCUCAUACCAAUGCCUUACAUUUGUACUUUGUAUUUGUUCCACGGAGAAGCGUUUUGUUUUUAUUUUGUGGCCCUGCGUAUACAGCGUGUGAUACCAUGCACUGCAGAAACUGUUCUAAUAAUGACAUUUAGAGGGUAUUUGUGCUCAAAGCUUUCCCAGCACUCGUAAGAUUAUGACCCUCGAUGUUGAUUCGAGGUGAAUUCUAGUUAACUAUGGGGUAAAGAACCACUGUCUGACUUCACUGCAGUGGACGUUUCUUUGGAUGUCCACCAACUACUUUUUAAAAUUGCGCUGCUUGGAUUUUAUAACAGCAGUUUGCAAAUGAGUGGUAUUUAAUGAGUCCUCUGUGCAUUACUCGAUGCAAAAUGUUGUCUUUUUAGUUGGACAUUUGGGUUUUAGAAACAGUUUUCUAUAAUCAUGUGUAGCACACACACACAAAGACGACCAUCAGCGGAAAAGCUACGUGGCAAACUGGUUAUUUCCUUUUUGUUUUAAUCGAAAAAGAAUCAAUCUGAACACUAAUCUGCGAUGUAACAGACAUCCAGUUAUCUACAUGCUACCAGAGUUUUGUGAACAUGAAGUAAGUAAUUUCCCUCCAACACAAUUGAAUUUUAAAACUCACUGACUGUAAGAAUUGUUUUAGGCCACCAACAGGUCGUCAUCCACCCGCUCAUUGAUAUCUAAGUACUUGUGGGAAACUUGGGCGGUGCCAUAAACAAACCUCAUGAGCUGCUUUUCCACCAGUAGGACCAAUUAGAGAGCUCACUACAGCGAGUUGAUCCCAGUUUUCUUGGCAAUACAUUUCUAAAUAUCAUCAGAGGACAACAGAAUGAUAAAUGUUAGAAAAACAUGAGCCAGGGGUUAAAAAAACAACUUGUGUAACACGUUCUGAGAACAGGAGGGGUUUGUUGUGACGCUGUAUGUAUGAUGGUGUGGAUUUUACUUAUCUUGUGUACGACAAUACAAAACCAUGUGAGAGUAUGAGAUGACUUAUUUUAUAAAGAAAACCUGGAGUGAA